AAAAUAUAUUUUUCAUAUCCCAACCCAUAUUCUACAAAAAGUUCCAUCAACAAUAAACAAAAAAUAAAUUUAUUCAAAUAAAUUAAAUAGAAACAAAUUAACAAUAAAUAAUGAAAAAAUACACUACAAUAUAAUCUCUUACUGUACUAUAAUAUCCCAUCUAUAUUUUGAGAUCUCUUAUCUUUCUUCACCAACAACCACCCAACAAAAAUAAUAAAAAAAAAAAAAAAUGGCAAUUCUCGAAUGGAAAAAAUUCGAUUUCUUUAAUCUCGUUGCAAAUGCCGACAAAGAUAAAUUAUUCGAUACAAUUCGUGAAUCCGAUAUAACUUCUUGUACAAGUUGUUCAAGUCAAAAAAUCAUAUGUGACUCAUCUGGAAUGGUUCAUAUUUUCUAUCGCAAUUGGGAACCGAUAUCAUUUCAAGGACAUAAUGCUCCAAUUAUUCUAUGUUCAAUUGCUUCACAAAAUAAUCUUUUAGUAACAAUUUCAAAUCGAGAUUUUUCUGAUCCUCCUUUAGUUAAAGUUUGGGAUUUGUCCAAAGCCACUAAACGGGGAGGUGCUCCUUGUGUUGGCAGUGCUAAAGCACUUUUACAAAAACCAACUGCUUUGGCAGUUGCUCAGGGAACUGGCAAUCAAUUGUUUAUUGCAAUUGGCUAUGAAAGAGGAGAAAUCUCACUUUUUCGUGGCUCAAUUAGUCGAGAUUUCUCCUCGGGGUUUAAGAAUUUUACAGUUGGAACUAAGCCUAUAAUUGGCAUUUCAUUUAAACAACAUGGCAAACUUAUGGACAUGUUUCUUUGCUCUGAAUCUGGAGUCUUUGUCUAUCAGUGUGACAAUGACAAAGAAACCAAAUUGGUCUUGGAUUCGUCCAAUGCAGCGACACGAUGUUGCGCAUUGCAGACCAAAGGUGCCAAUGAAACUUAUUUCAUGACUGGCAAAGAUGAUGCCGUCUAUUGUUAUACAAGUGACGGUCGAGGGCCUUGUUACGCUCUCGAAGGCCAAAAACACUUUAUCGAAUGGUUCCCAAACUAUCUGGUAAUCAUUAUGAAAGCCGCCAAAAACUCUCUUCUUCAACAGAAGGAGUUUGUCCUAAUUGUCAUUGAUAUACAGAAUAAAUUUAUAGUUUUCCAAACUCCGGUGGACCCGGUUGUAGCGAUUUUGAAUGAAUUUGGAAACUGUUUUAUUGUCACCAAAUCGAAACAGGUUUUCCAUUUGAGAGAAAAAGAUAUCCAAAGCAAAUUGAAUAUGUUGUUUAAAAAGAAUCUUUACGACAUUGCUAUUCGAAUUACUAAAGAUCUUCAAUUUGAUGAAGAAGGAUUGGCUUCGAUUUAUAAGCAAUACGCUGAUCAUUUGUAUAUUAAAGGUGACUAUUCGGGAGCUGUUGAGAAAUAUGUCAAGACAAUUGGUUAUAUAGAACCUUCGUAUGUUAUUAUGAAGUUUCUAGAUUCGAGGCAUAUUAAAUACCUUGCUGAUUAUUUGCAUGCUUUGUAUAAAAAGAAUCAUGCUACACAACAGCAUAAGACUCUUCUGAUGAAUUGUAGGACAAGAUUAGAUCUUCCUCAGAAACUUGAUGAAUUCCUAUUCAACGAGGAGGAAGAGGAUUCAAAUGAAAUGAUAUUUGAUAUAAAUGCAGCAAUACGGAAUCAAUCAGCAGCGACUAUGGAUUUUCAGGAUCGAGAAGAGCUAAAGGAGGAAUAUAACUUGAGUGUGUUGUUGAAGAAGAUUCAAGAUACUAGCGAGAUGACUGCGAUGCUUUCUAAACUUAGCGAAGAUGAUGUUUAUGUAUUCUUUAAGAAAUUUGGAUUGAUUUUGAUGCAACAUGCUCCAGAGGAUACAACAAGAUUGUUGAAGAGACUCUGUAGGGAACAGGAGAUGUCGAAUUUCAUUGAAGAUCAUGUCAAUGAGAUGCAGAUUAGCUUUGCUCCAGAGCAAUUUAUUCCACUGUUUGAUGGGAAUUGGGAAUUGUUGUUGGGUUUUUUGGAAAGUUGUGUAACAAAUGCAACGACUGAGUUUCAUGAAACUGUCUAUAAUACUUUGAUUGAGUUGAAUUUGCGAAAAUGGCAAAAUUGUAUGUUGACUGAGAAUCAGCUUUUGGAUAUUUUGAAAUUGCAUCGAGAAAGAUAUAAUAAAGAGCAGGUUUUGAUUAUGUGUCGAAUGGCUCAAUUUUGGUCGGGAAUACUUUACCUUUAUGAAGAGGAUCAAUUGUAUAAUCUGACGAUACAUUAUUACGUCAAGAAUAAAGAUUACAAUAGUCUAUUGAGUUGUUGCAAGAGUUUGGGUCAGUUUCAACCGCAAUUAUGGAUUCAGGCAUUGAAUGAAUUGCAUAAUGAUCCUGAUGUUCCAAUGAAUGUCUUACUUCAGAUAUUGAAUGUCAUUACAACGGAGAAAUUACAAUCACCAUUGCAGAUUUUACAGUGUUUAGCUGUGGAUCGUGGACCGAAUAUAUCUCAUGUCAAAGAUUAUUACACUCAAUCAUUCCUUAAAGAAACGACAGCCAUUAGUCAGGAGGAGAAAGAUGUAGAAAAUCUUCAAGCAGAUUUGAAAUCUCUGCAGGAUUUGAUUAAGAAUUUCCAAACUAAUCCAAUUGAAUUUAGAAAUACAGUUUGUGAUGCCUGUACUCAACCAUUACAACUGCCAGCUGUUUAUUUCCUUUGUCAGCAUUCAUUUCAUCAGGAUUGUGUGCGGACUUACUCGGAGAAUGAAAAAGAUUGUAGUAUUUGUAGUGUGAAGAAUCAACAAAUGUCGGAAAGACUACGAACGCAGCAAGAAUCUCAAGGACAACAUGAGACUUUUCAUCGUCUGCUAAAUAAUUCCAAUGAUAUGCUCUAUGUUUUGUCGAGUUAUUUUGGUCGAGGGCUUCUUAAUCAGAUUGUAAUUGUAGAUGAACAAAAAGCAGCCGAUGAAAAUCAAUUGAAUCAGAAUAAUAAUUUGGGUUAUAAUUGGAGUGCAAAACAUAAAGAUGGUGAUGGACCGAUUGCUGUUGAGCAUGUUAAUAAUUAUAAAUGGAGUGGAAGGAUAACAGCGCAAGAUAGGGAAUUGAUAACUCAGAAGCAGCAGAGUAAUUUUAAUACGAGAGAAAAUAAGUAUGAUGAUUCAAAGAAUCCUUUUUCGGAUGAUUCGAAGAAUCCUUUUGCUACGGAUGAUGAUCGUGGUGGGAGUAGUAGUAAUCGCAAUCGUAUUGAGACGUAUGAUAAGAAUUUGAAUCCAUUUGGGGAUGAUGACGAUUAGAUUUAAUUAAUGUUAUUAUAA